AUGUGGAGGCCGAAAGAAAUCACUGAACCAUCACAACUUCGUUCAUUGAGACUUCCUGAUAGUCUUUUACCAGUUAAGGUUAUAAGGCUUAUGUAUACACACUCGGGUAGUGGCGUACUUGCACUUGCUUAUAAUGCUAUACACAAGCUGUGGAGAUGGCAUAAGAAUGAACAAAAUCCAACCCCAAAUGCAACUGUUGAUAUUGCCCCACAAAUUUGGCAACCUCCAAGUGGCAUUUUGAUGACUAAUGAUAUAAAGGACGCGAAUACGGAUGAUACUAUUCCUCGCUUCGCCCUUUCCAAGAACAAUUCAUAUACCAUGACGUCCUUCAAGGCCCCACUGCCGGCAUCCACAUGUCUGGCUUUUUAUCCACCGGACAAUAACAUAGUUGCGAUUGGAAUGUCGGAUUGUUCUAUACUUAUGUACAAUGUUCAACAUAAUUCGGUGGUACAAACGCUAAAGGGUCACCAAAAGCCUGUCACUGGGCUCGCUUUUGCUACCGAGAGAAAAAUGUUAGUCUCAGCAGGAACUGACGCCGAGUUGUGCGUGUGGAAUACCGUCAGUUGGAAAAAAGUCGCAAGCAAGUUCCUAAAGCUUCCUUCUAAAAGAACCAACAACUCACAAGCAGAAACCCGAGUGCAUUUCAACCCCGACAAAACACACUUCAUGGCUGUUCACGAGACACAGAUAACGAUCCAGCUAAACUGGAUUCUUGUAUGCAGUGGGUCCCUCGGCAAGCUUUUUGGUUCUAUUGCAGAUGCAGACAUGCAGUUUAUUCAUGUGAUGGUCAAUCUAUAUUUGUGUGUGUUGAGGAUGGAGUGCAAUAAGCUGAGUCCUAAAGCAAUUGCUGCACAUCCUUCUGAUCUAAAUCAACUUGCGAUUGGGCUUUCGGAUGGUGGAGUUUAUGUUCUCGAGCCACUUAAAGCAGACAAACAGAGGGGCGGUGACCCAUCGGCUGAAUCCAGUGCAGGUCCUAGCAUAAACCUUGAUCCGAACCAUACUUAG